ACACCGGCGUUCACCAUGGCCGACGAAAAGCCCAAGGAAGGAGUCAAGACUGAGAACAACGACCAUAUUAAUCUGAAGGUAGCGGGUCAGGAUGGUUCGGUGGUGCAGUUUAAGAUUAAGAGGCAUACACCACUUAGAAAACUAAUGAAAGCCUAUUGUGAACGACAGGGAUUGUCAAUGAGGCAGAUCAGAUUCCGAUUUGAUGGGCAGCCAAUCAAUGAAACGGAUACACCUGCACAAUUGGAAAUGGAGGAUAAAGAUACAAUUGAUGUGUUCCAGCAGCAGACAGGAGGUGUCUACUAAAAAGGGAGCCUGCUUCUUUACUCCAGAACUCUGUUCCUCCAGACCAAGAAGACAUUCUCAAUUAGAAAACCGCAAUUUGGUUCCGCCACAUCCUGACUACUACAGUCUAGUUUUUCUCUAUUCUUUCAUUUUCCCCUUCCCCAUUCCUUUAUUGUACAUAAAGUAACUGGUGUAUGUGCACAA